AUGGCAGAUCUCCAAUUUAUUGGCGCAGUAGAGAAGCUCAACAACCAAAAUUAUAGCAUGUGGCAGACGUGCAUGGAGUCUUAUUUUCAGGGACUUGAUUUGUGGGAGAUUGUUGGCGGUAGUGACAUUACGCCACCUCCAGCAGCAAAUGCUGAAGCACUCCGGAAAUGGCGAAUAAAGGCCGGAAAGGUCAUGUUCGCAAUUAAAACAACUGUUGAGAAGGAAAUGUUGGAGUACAUCAGGUAUGCCAGCACACCAAAGGAAGCUUGGGAUAUAUUACCAGCCCGCAUCAGGGAAAAGGAAAAUGAAAUGCGACGACUUCAACUCCUCGAGAGUGAGCACAUGUCAAGAGAUACAACUAAAUAUGUGUCACUACAUAGGGCCUUGGUGAAGGGUGACUUGGAAAGUGUCAAAGCUUUUCUGGCUCAAGAUGAAAAUGCAAUAUCAGUUCCAAUUUCUCUGAGAGGGGAAAGACCUAUUCAUAUUGCUGUUGCGGAGGGGCACGUGCAGCUGGUGGAGGAACUUGUGAAGAUGAUUAAUCCUGUAUUUUUGGAAUUUAGACAAGAUGAUGGUGAGACAGCACUUCAUAUUGCUGCUAGGGGUGCAGACACAAGAAUAGCGAAAGCAUUGGUGGAAGCCUAUGGGGAAUUGGUAAGAUUGGAAAAUCGAAAUCAUCAUCUCCCAGUCACCCUGGCUGCAAUUUUUGGAAACACAGAGAUGUUUAAUUAUCUACGCUCAGUGACUUCACAACAGGAUCUCAUCCCUAGAAUUGUUAAUAUCCCCCGGUCUUACUUUGAUCAACAAAAUUACAGGAUAUAG